GAUACUGCCCAUGAGCAAGCUACUCAGUGCUUUCAAGAUGGCAACAAUGUGCUGCGUGUCUCCGCUGCCACAGACUACACCAUAACUCCGGGAAAAUAUCAAACUUAUGCACAGAAGAUGCGCCGCGAAAAUAAACUAGCUAAAAUCAUAUUGAUUCAACGUAAUUUCCGUAGCUACUUAUUUAGGCGGUACGUUCGGAAUACGGCAGCAAAGUAUCGCCGGUUGGUGGCCAAUCGCAAGGCUGAAGAGGAACGUCUGCAGGAAGAAGCUGAAAAGCGUAUCAAACGCGUUGAAUUAGCCAAGCAGUUUCCGCGCACCAAAGAUGACUUUGAGAUGUUGUACAGCGAGGUGCAAAAAUGGAAGAUAGCCGAACUGAAGCGUAUUGCACGUCUGUACGAAGGGCCAGCGCGCAUCGCCGAGGUCAAUGUGUUGCUAGACAAGGAGAUACAGCUACGCAACGGCAUCGAAAAGCAACGAAUCAUCGUCAAAAAGGCAAUGGAGGAUUUUCGAAAUGAAAAAAUGCUAACCAAGUUGGGCGAACCAAUUAAGUGGAUCGGCUAUAAAGAUAACGUAAUUCAUUUGGAUUUGUUACGAACACAACGUGCCCGCUUUCUUACUGAAAUCUAUAAGGAUAUGCAAAAGAAAAUGAGCAAAGAAGAACGGUUAGAACUUUUAGUGAAAGUAAAGCAAGUUUUGAUGGACGAACGAGACUUUCCAGAUUUUGCCGAGAUGUUUGACCUGAUUGAACGUGAAAUAAACUUAAUGCUACACACAAAAUACUGUGACGUCGAAGUUUUACAUAAGCGACAAAAUAUUCUUUGGAUGGAGCUCAUAAAAUUCUCCAAGGAUAAGCCGAAAGAUCUUGGUGAAAAACGCAUGUGCGAAGUGUGUAAGGAGGUUAAGCCGUUUAACCAGUUUGCGCUGCGUACGCGUCAAAACAAUGUGGACACUUGCAAACGUUGCUAUUACAUGAAGCUGGCCUCGACUGACAACAAGACGUAUGCGGCCAUAUUGCGAGCCAUUCAGCGAGACGAACGCAAGCGCCGCAGCAACGCCUCAUUCGCAUUCGUACUGCAAAUGGAUGACAUACGUUACAUUAUUGACCAAAUUUGGCAUAGUCAUUCAAUACUUAGCAAGAAUGCGGUAUUAAGCAAUUUGCGUUUGCCGCGCUGGUUGAAAGGUGAAGAUUGGUCACCGUGGAAUUGUAUUUGCCUUACUGAGUAUGAGGCACGCGAUCAUUACAGACUAGACGAUCCAACCACUGUGUACGACCAUAAAUUGGUACUUGAGAUAGGCAAUAGGCAUAUGUUGGCGCGCGCUGCAUUCCAUAAAAUGACUGAAAUCGCCACUGAAUUUGUUGAGACCGGACAAUGGUUCCGUGUUGGAUUGAAUAAGCAGCGAACUGUGCCGCCACCGAACCUAUAUCCACGCCCCAAGCCAGUUAUGGCAGCCCGCAUUGAAAAGAAAAAAUGCUAGUAAAAUGUAAGAGUGCAAACGUAAUACUUGCUUUAUCACUAUGGGCGAUUUUAAGAAUAUAUUAGCAGAAUGUUUUUAAAAUUAACAUUUUAUUUUUUAAAUAAAAUUUAACAUUUACUAAAUUUGUACCUUCCUUCGAUACGGCA